AAAAUGUACAGUUCGGUAUUUCAUAAUUUUUCAUCAUCCCCAGGUCCCAGACCUCAAUUCCUAACGGACUUUUAAUAUGAAUAUUGAUACCGUUUUUUUUUUACUAUUACAAUUUAAAUUAAGGAAGUUUCGUGCAUAAAAAGCACUCUUUAAUGAACGUUUAUUUGUCAAAAUGAUAUCUAAAAACUAUCUUGAUUGUUUUACAGCUAUAUUAAUAACUGCAACAGUAGUUAAUGCCCAAAAGGGUCUGAUAUACGAAAUUAAUAUUGGAGAAACAAGAAAAUGUACAAUCAAUGAGAGAAAAUAUCCAUUACCCCCAAUUUAUUGUUACCCAGGAAAUGAUAAAACAAUAGUCAAUGUUUUUCAAAGCAUUACAGUUAAUUUAACAAUUAACAAUACAGAGGAGUUUUUAAUUUACCAGGAUACUAAUGCUCAGCUAUUACAGGAAAAAAUGCGUAUUGAUGAAAGUGUUUUAUCUCUAAACAAAAUAAUUUCAUUUUUUUGGAGGGUAAAAGAUUUCAAACUAGAUCCAUUUCAACCAACUUGUUUUAGUAUUAAAACAAAUGCUGAUUUUGUAAUAAGUAUUUCUUCUGAUGCAUUAGAUACUAGGCGACUAGCUAUGUUCAUAAUCGGAUUAUACUUAUUUGCAUAUUCAGCAAGACUUAGCUACAAUUCAUUGUUUUACUAUUUAUGUGGCAUUACAAUUGGUGUGUGUGCCUCUUUUCUUGUUGUCAUAUUUUUUAUUAGUCGUUUUAUACCCAAAAAAAAAACUAUGUUGGGAUUCCUCGGAGCUAGUUGUACUUUAGGUUUGUAUGGUUUACAGAUUUUAGUAGAAAAUCUGAAUGUCGUACUGUUUAUGUACUACAAAUAUGUAAUUGGGUAUGUAGUAUUUUCGGCAUUUGUUAGCUUCGUAGUUUGCUACAGAUAUGGUCCAGUGACAAACCAAAGGUCUAUAGAUUUAAUUAGAUGGACAUUACAGGGGUCUGGUUUAGCAAUGAUUACAACUUGCAGUUACCACUUAGAAGCUAUGGUCUUGGUUGACAUAAUAAGUAUUAUUAUCUAUUACAACAUAAUACAUUUUCCUGCAAAGUUAUUUGGCAAGAGUCGUCUAAAACCACGAUUACUGUCUGAUGAUGAAUACAUUCAGCAAGGAUUGACUGAAACACCCAAAGCUCUAGAAGAAUUACGCCAGUAUUGUAGGAGUCCAGGCUGUGAUCCUUGGAAAGUUAUGAGUAAACUGCGUAACCCUAAAAUGUUUGCCGAAUUUAUGGAGACUUCAGCACAUAUAAGUGACAAAGCAGUUAUAGAACAUGAAAAUGAAAAUAGAGACGGGUCAGAAAGUGAAACUGAUGACGAUUCUUCUAUUGAAGGCAUAGAAAAAAUUGAAACUAGUGACAGUGAAAUGGAAUAAACACUACUUGAUUUUUAUUUAGUCAGUCUCGAGUUAGAGCGGUUAUAAAACAAGUUACUAUUUUUAGUAUUAAGUAUUUGUACAAAUGUGAAAACAAUUUUUAUUUAUAAUUUUUUAUUUGUUUAGCUAUUAUUUAAUUUAUAAUUAUAUUGGCUAAUAAUAUUAGUGUAA